AUGGUGAUGGUGGUGGUGAUGGUGGUGGUGGUGGUGAUGGUGAUGAUGGUGUUGGUGAUGGUUGGUGGUAAUGAUGGUGGUGAUGGUGGUGGUGAUGGUGUUGGCGAUGGUGAUGGUGGUGGUGAUGGUGAUGGUGGUGAUGAUGGUGGUGAUGGUGGUGGCGAGGAUUGCUACACGGUCAACACGGUCUACUGGGUGUGUCCAAGCGAGGUCACAAAAUCCGAAGCGGUGUCCGAGUGUAGCAAACGCUAUGGCUACAUACUGCUUCAGCCCAAGCAGGCGACAGAGUUCAAUUUCUGGAAAUCUUUUCUCUCUAGCAGUAAGAGCUACUGGGUUGGAGCCGUCGCGCUGAGCGCGCUGAAAAGUUACGCCUGGGAAGGCACGAACAGCGCCGUUCCAAGCAGCUAUUUCCCUAAUGGUAUCCCUAGUAACAUAGGUGUAUCCGACUGUGUUAGUUUUGAGAGGCAAAAAUUGGACGGUGGUGACGUUUAUGGAUUGCUUGGUGGAUCCUGUACGCAAUCAAAAGCAAUAUCAGAAAGUACCGACAGUAAAACACUGUCUCCUCUAGACGUCAUUUUAUUCAUGACAGAAUCUGUGUCACUGACCACCGAUUUGACACCGGAAGUACAACUGGCAGUGUCAAGACAGUCUGACACAUCGUACUAUGCAGAGGAAUCGUCAAUAACAAAUUCUGGGUCUCAGUCUCAGAGCACGAUAAUGAGGAGUUCUCAGCCUAGUUUUCCAAACUUAUCAACAGUCGCAUCAUCUGAAUUGUAUUCAACCCUAUCAACAGUUGCAAGAUCGGACCCUAGUCUAACCUCGCCAACAGCAACAGCUUUCGAACCUGGUCUAACCUCGCAAACAGCAACAGCUUUCGAACCUGGUCUAGCCAUAAUUAAAGACGCAAAUUCACAGCUUAGCCCAAUCUUAUCAACACUAUCUGCAUCUAGUUCAACCUUAUUUAUGAAUACAACUGCUGAACUAAUGCUUAUCUUAUCAAGAAACACGGAAACUCAACCUAGUAAAACUUUACAAAUAACGGGAUUUACAGAACCUAAUCAAACUAUACCAUUAUCGGGAUUAUCUGAACCUAUUCAAACUAUACCAUUAUCGGGAUUAUCUGAACCUAUUCAAACUAUACCAUUAUCGGGAUUAUCUGAACCUAUUCAAACUAUACCAUUAUCGGGAUUAUCUGAACCUAUUCAAACUAUACCAUUAUCGGGAUUAUCUGAACCUAUUCAAACUAUACCAUUAUCGGGAUUAUCUGAACCUAGUGAAACUAUACCAUUAUCGGGAUUAUCUGAACCUAGUGAAACUAUAUUAAUAACGUCAUUAUCUGAACCUGGUCAAAUAUUAUCAGCAUUAUCUUCAUUAUUUAUCCAAGGUUCGAAACCCAGCGAAACCUUCUCAACACUGGAAACACUGACGUCUUCUCAAUCGAGUGUGUCCCAAACAAAUCCCAGUGUCACACAAUCACUGGACACACUGACGUCUUCUCAAUCGAGUGUGUCCCAAACAAAUCCCAGUGUCACACAAUCACUGGAAACCUUGGCAAAGACUGAAUCUAUUGCAGCAUCAGAGGCUGUGGAUACUGAGUUGACAUCGUUUCAUCAUUUAUCAUUAACCACAUAUUCAUCAUUUCAACAAUCAACUUUAGAGUACCCCGGUACAUUAGCUACUACGUAUUCAAUGUCACUCAACACCAACGUAUCAACCCUAUCAACAGACUUGCUUUCAAGCUCCGUACCAUCAUACACCGCAACAGCCGCAGUCACUCUACCAACCAGCGAUGAGUCGACCACAUCGACAUCCACCACCGCCGCCACCAACAUCAAAUCUGCGUCUUGCAUGUGCUCAUGUCGAUGCAACAGCAAGUCGUCUCGUCUGCCAACUUUAACACAAGUCAACACUCAACAACUGGUACAGGAGAUUCGAACCCAGCUGCACGAAGACAAAACGAAUUUAUCUUCAACUGUCAGAAAAUUGACGUCUGCUGAGGAUAAGAGAAAGUCUGCCCAGACUGUAGGAAGUCUUGCAGUGGUGACUUUAGUGAUAGUCUUUAGCAGUCUGGUACUUUUGGAUUUGACUCGCUUAGUUCAGUGCAUCAUUAGACAAUCUACUGACAGGGAAGACAACUCUGAAAGUCGUAAUAAUUGCUCUACUUUGAUGGUCACUAACAGUACCAUGAUGGUCACUAACAGUACUUUGAUGGUCACUAACAGUACCAUGAUGGGCACUAACAGUACCACGAUGGGCACUAACAGUACCAUGAUGGGCACUAACAGUACCAUAAUGAGCACUAACAGUAACACUAUGUGCACUAACAGUACCAUGAUGGGCACUAACAGUACCAAGAUGGGCACUAACAGUACCAUGAUGGCCACUAAGACGCAGAUUUAA